AUGCUGCGACAUCUUCUGCUGGUCGUCAUCCAUGCAGAUACGGUCGUGGGUGACUCCUACGCCAGCUGCUGCAACGACUCCAGUGAGAACAGCUCAUCCAAGGCUGGAUUCCACAGCUUCCAUGAGCUGCUCGGUAUGGUAGCAAGAUGGCAAGCAAGCCACAUGAAUGCAACAGAAAGGUCAGAAAUAAUCCUGAAGUACGGUGAGGUGGCAGACUGGAACGUGUCUCUGGUUACGAACAUGAGCGGGCUGUUCAUGGCUUCGGCCUUCGAUGAGGAUAUUAGCACGUGGGAUACCUCAGCCGUCACCGACAUGACUGACAUGUUCAGCGGUGCAGCUACCUUUAACCAGGACAUAGGCACGUGGGACACUUCAAGAGUGACGAGGAUGGACCGCAUGUUUGACUCUGCAAGUGCCUUCAACCAGGACAUUGGCAGUUGGGACACCACAAGGGUGACAAGCAUGCAAGACAUGUUUGCCUCUGCAAGUGCCUUCAACCAGGACAUUGGCAGCUGGGACACCUCAAGCGUCACAAGCAUGUCAGGCAUGUUUUAUCGUGCCAGCCAAUUCAACCAGGACAUUGGCAGGUGGGACACCUCAAGAGUGACAACGAUGGCUUGGAUGUUUGACUCUGCGUAUGCCUUCAACCAGGACAUUGGCAGGUGGGACACCUCAAGCGUCACAAGCAUGUCAGGCAUGUUUUAUGGUGCCGGUCAAUUCAACCAGGACAUUGGCAGGUGGGACACCUCAAGAGUGACAAGGAUGGAUCUCAUGUUCGACGGUACGACUGCCUUCAACCAGGACAUCGGCAGUUGGGACACUUCAAGAGUGACAAGCAUGGCUCGCAUGUUUUACGUUGCAAGUUCCUUCAACCAGGACAUUGGCAGCUGGGACACCUCAAGCGUCACAAGCAUGCCUCUCAUGUUCAGCAAGGCAGCUGCCUUCAACAAGGACAUUGGCAGCUGGGACACCUCAAGCGUCACAACUAUGGACCAAAUGUUCAGUCAGGCAAGUGCGUUCGACCAGGACAUUGGCAUGUGGGACACCUCAACAGUCACGAGCAUGGUUAGCAUGUUUUACUCUGCAAGUGCCUUCAACCAGGACAUUGGUGGCUGGGACACCUCAAGCAUCACAAGCAUGUCACUCAUGUUUCGCUCUGCAGUUGCCUUCAACCAAGAUAUUGGCAGAUGGGACACCUCAAGAGUAACAAGCAUGGACGGGAUGUUCAGUCAGGCAAGUGCCUUCAACCAGGACUUCAAGAGUGACAAGCAUGGAAUAAAUGUGUUGGAAUACCAAGUUAAUCAGUUCGACCACGAACAGGGCCGCAUAUAG